AUGGAUGUGAUUAUGAAAGGGUUAGGAUACUCAGUUCCUCCAUUUAUCUACUAUCAUUUUCGAGUGCCUAAGGGAGACAUGCAUUUUGGAUUACGGGCCCUAGGAAAUGAUGAUGGUGAUGUCCUCAAUCUUGCCCAAUAUGUAAAGGAGCAUAAACUGAUAAGGGUUUACACUGAACAUGAUAAUGAAGCUGAUUUAGCCUUGUCAAUAUCCCCCGAGAUUGGUGUAAAUAAGGAUAAUUCACCUAAUGAAUUUGACCAUGGAUUUAAUGAAUUUGAUAAGGAAGCUAAUGAAUUUGAUCUUGGGUUGUACCAACAUAUUUUUCAGUCUAAUCCUAUAGUUAAUAUGGAAGUCAUUGAACAAAAUGUAGACUAUAAGGUCCAUGAAGGUUUGGACGGUGCAUUAAAUAUGGAAGUCACUGAAGAAUUCAAUGAAAUGAAUGAAUUCAAUGAAGAGAAUGUAGGUGAUGAGGUCCAUGAAGGUGAGGAAAAUGUAGACAUGAGGGAUUAUGAAGUUGAUGAUGGAAUUGAAGAUGAAGGUAAGGUUGAGAUUGAAUAA